AUGUCGAACACUGCAAUCGCUACUAGUACUCUCACGGAGACGUUCUCCAGACUCUCGGUGCGCGCAUCGACCGAGCCUCUGAAGCCGACAGGAGCUUUCGACAAGUACGAGUUCGCCGAGCUCACGCCUGUCAUCGGGCGCGAGUACUCGAACGUGCAGUUGACGGACCUGCUCAAAGCGGAGAAUGCAGAUGAGCUGAUCAGGGAGCUUGCGAUCAUUGGCGAGUUGUCGCAGAGGAACGUUGUAUUCUUCAAAAACCAGGACAUUGACCUCGAACAGCAGAAAGUGCUCGGGAACAAGCUUGGCGUCCUGUCAGGCCGGCCAAAGGAGUCGGGAUUGCACAUUCACCCCACGAUAACCACUCAGGAGAAAGUUGAGUCUGGUCCUGAGAUUCAUGUUAUCACAUCAGCGAAACACAAACAAAUAGAGCUUGAGGACGAUUUGGAUGUAUCACAAUUCGCCACGAGAGAAUGGCAUUCAGACAUCACAUUCGAGCCGGUCCCCUCAGAUUUUGCCAUCUUGAAGAUUCAUACCUUGCCGGAGACCGGAGGCGAUACCCUCUGGGCGAGCGGAUACGAGGCGUACGACCGACUCAGCCCGGCGUUGGCGAAGCACCUCGAGGGCCUGACGGCCGUACACGAAGCGACAUUCUUCAAAAGCUACGUUGAGAGGCAGGGGAAAACGCUCCACGAGGGCCCGCGUGGAAAUCCUGAAAACGUCGGUACAGACUUGCGCACUGUGCAUCCUGUGAUCCGCACGAAUCCUGUGACGGGGUGGAAGGCAUUAUUCGUGAACAAGAACUUUACCCGGCGGAUUCUCGAGCUGACGAAGGACGAGUCCGACGCUACGCUCGACUACCUCUUCAGACUGGUCAGCGACAAUCACGAUCUUCAAGUACGCUUCAAGUGGAGCAAGAAUGACGUUGCGAUAUGGGCCAACUCUGCGUCGUUCCACAACAUCACACGCGACUACGACGACCACCGAGAGGGCGAUCGUGUUGUUUCAUUGGGUGAGAAGCCCUACUUUGAUCCGAACUCCAAGUCGCGUCGAGAGGCAUUGGGGCAGAAGAAGCGUAUCUUCGGGUUCAAGGUGACACAAUAA